AUGAGGCCACCUGCAGCUGCUGCAAUCAACUCCACUGCUAGUGCAGCUCGUGCGUACGGCAGCGGAUUAGAGCACUGGAAGUCUCCGAUCCCUUACCUAUUUGGAGGGUUUGCUGUGAUGUUUGGACUCGUCGCCAUGGCAUUGAUUAUUCUAGUUUGCUAUUAUGAAACUUCACCAUCCAAUUCACCUCCUGAUGAUGUUGAUGAGGCUCAAAAAAAAUCUCAUCUCAGUAUGCGGCCCUUGGAGAUGGAGCCAAAGAUUGUCGUCAUCAUGGCUGGUGAUUAUAACCCUACUUACUUGGCCAACCCUAUUGAUGUUUUAGUAGUCGUUGCAGGAAUUUCAAGAUUGUUCGAUUAUGAUUCUGAGAUUCUAGGUGAAGAUGCCUGUCACAGUUACAUAAUUUUUAAUAGUCAGUUAUCUGAGCUAUGA